AUGUCCCAUAUUCUGGAGAAAUGUUCGGAUUAUGAAGAGCUAAUUCGUUCAUAUCACCAAGAAAUCGACUUAAAAGCCGAUAUUUCAGAAAUAUCAGCCGAAAAUAACGUUAAAAUUAACCAAGAUACGAACAAUACAAAGCUUUUAAAGAUAUUUUUCGACUACAUUUCCUCAAUUCCAGAUCAUAUCCUUAUUGAUACGAAUUUUUUGUGCAUUCCAUUGAUCAAAGGAGUUGAUCAAGCUGUGACAUUCACGAAAACACUUCCAUUUGUCAACCAAGCUCUUCUUUCUAGGUUGAUUGCUUUUAUUAUCCUCCUUUACAAUAAAAUAACCGACAAAAACUUACGAAAUGAGCUUCUCAAGAUAGUUUGCAGCGUAUUGAUAAAGGAACCAAAGACAAAUUCCGAGUUAAUGACGCCUCAAAUUUUGCAAAUCUUUAUCGACGACUAUUUUACGAUAUUUUCAGAAAUACCAUCUUUGACUGAAGAUGUUAAUUGGAUUUCUCAAUCAGAAUUCAAAAACAAUUCACAAGAAAAGCUAAAUCGAUUUUUAUCUCAGCAAAGUAUUCAUUCGAUGACAAUGUCUCGGUCGACAUCCGAUGGGAAACUCAAUAACAAGAAAUCCAAGAGUUUACACAACCUGAAAGCUGUUGAUCAAGAUGCAUUUGUUGCAAAUGAAGAGGAAGAUGACGAACCCGAUCAUUUUUACGCUCCGACCACUGGCGACGAUAUCCAAAUUACUGCUCGUCAGCGCGAUUAUUCGAUUAAUUACUUAGAAAGCGACGCAUCUGAGGAAGAAGCUGUCGAUGAAGAAGGAUUCGAAGAUGGAGAGCAAGAAAACGGUCAAGGGUUCGAAGAGGAAGACGUUGAGGAAGAAGCCGAUGAAACAAUUUUCGAUGACGUCGAUGGAGGAAAUGGAAAAAUUGACCGAAUCAUUUUGAGUCGAGAGGUUAACAAAUCAAUGGAAUACUUAGUUACGAUGCAAGGAUCACCGUAUCCUAUUGCUCAAUGGAUUCCUUUGACGAUUUUAAUGGAAAUUCCAAAUUAUAAAACCGCGUUAACAAGAUUUACAGAAACCGAAAGCAAAUUUUCAUUCUACGUAGCAGAAACUUACACAUUUUCUACGAAAUGGGAUUCCCCAGUACAUGUUGUUGGACAUCGCGAAAUGGACAACGGACAGAACAUGUUUUUACUACAAUAUACGGUUUCCCAUGGUACAGCAUACUACUGGGAAGUCAAGAAUUCAACAUCUCCAAAUAAUGUAAUCGACCAUUACAUGGACACUUUAGUUCAUGUCGAAAAAACGAUACCGACGCGACCAACUUUAAUACCAGAAAUCGAAUUAUCAGAAGCAGAAACGUUUAAAUCUCAUUCUGGCUUUUUACCAAAGGAAUACCAAAUAACAGGCGUUAACUGGCUUCUCCAGUGCUUCUGUGACCAGCAUGGCUCUCUCUUGGCCGAUGAAAUGGGCCUCGGAAAAACAAUUCAAGCGAUUAUAUUUUUGAGAAAACUCAGAGAUAUCGGAUGGGAAGGUCCUCACAUUAUUGCUGUAAGGAACAACACUUACAAUCAAUGGUGCAAAGAGCUUGAAGAAUGGAGUGAUUUCAAUUAUGUGAUGUAUAAAGGAGAUCCAAACGACAGACUUAUCCUUAGAACGUUCAGAAUAUCACCAGAUAAGAAGGACCACAAGUACAGAUUCAAUGUUUUGCUUGUUGCCUAUGAUAUUCUGAUAAAAGACUAUGAAUACUUCAGGAACAUCAAUUUUGAGGUCAUGAUCAUCGAUGAAGGACAUAGAAUUAAGCAGAGAUAUGGCCAAACCCACUUGGCUUUCGAUACUUUGAAAGCACAACAUAGAAUUAUUAUGACAGGAACACCAAUCCAAAAUACUCUCCAAGAAUUAUGGUCUCUACUUAAUUUUGUGUCUCCUGAUUACUUCGAUAACCCUGAUUUGUUCCCAGAUGAAGAAGUUGAUUCCAUGGAACCGGCAAAGAUGCUCGAACUCCGCAGAAUGAUCACUCCCCAUCUAAUGAGACGUUCGUUGGACGAGGUUGAGAAGAGUCUUGUUCCAAAAGAUGAAAGAUUUGUCUUCCUCCAUCUGACUCCAGCGCAAAAGGAUCUUACUCGACUGGUAAAGAUGCAUGAAUUAUGGAGAAUACAAGGCCAGGAGAGAGAUAACUACCAGGAAUCGCAGAUGCUCCACAGAAUUUGUAAUCAUCCGUUCAUGGUCGAAGGAUCUGAAGAAUAUUAUACAGCAAUCUUGGGAAUGGAACGGUCAAAGGCUCUAGUGGAAACAUGCUGCAAGUUCCAAUUCCUUGAUUUGAUACUUCCAAUUUUCAAAAAACAAAACAGAAGCGUUUUGAUCUUCUCACAGCGUAUAAAAGUACUCCAAUUAUUAGCAGAAUACUGCCAAUUAAGGAAAUAUACCUAUGUGAUGCUUGAUGGCCAAUUAUCAGCAGAUGACAAGAAGACGGCUAUCGAUUCCUUCGUUUCUGAUAACUCGGACGUCUUCAUAUUCCUCAUAUCAACGAAGUCUGGUGCAGAAGGCCUCAAUUUGACCAAGGCUUCCGUUACAAUUAUUUUUGAUCCGGACUGGAACCCGAAUAACGACCUCCAAGCCCUCGGAAGAUGCCAUCGUAUUGGCCAGACAAAGCGUGUUCUCGUUUUGCGCUUGAUUACGUUUGGAACUUACGAACAUACGAUGUAUACUCGAGCGCAAAAGAAACUUAAGCUCUGGGAUGCAGUUCUUGGAGACACAGACCUCCAUUUCCGUAUAAAGCUUAAGCCGAAACGAAACACUUCGAUGUUAUUCAAACCUUAUACUCCAAUUCACUUCUCAUAUACGGAAAAACAAGCUGAAUUAGAGGAGCCAAAGGAAGAGAUCGUCCAACCACCAGAAUUAAAUGGUUUACAUUUUAAUUCAAAAGAUUCAUUUGAAGAUGUCCUUGCCAAGUCGUCAACUGUUGUUACGGACCUUCUCAAAUACAAAGAUCAGAAGGAAAUAGAAUGGGAUCUCGAUGAAUCCGUUGAUGAUUUCCUCAAAAGAUUCACAAUUGAAGAUGUUUCGCUCAAUACUCGCAAGAAGAAGAAAUCUACACCUACCUAUCAGAUUGAUCUGAUUUAUGCUCGAAGAAUCCUCUCAGCUCUCGAAAAAUACGGAUAUUCCAAAAAAUCAUUUGAGAGAAUUCAGAAAGAAAUCGUUCCAGACUGUCCAAUUGAGACAGUCAAGAAGUUCUGUACCGAUUCCAUUGUUCUUUUCUUCAGAUCUCUUGAGCCAACAGGAUUUCUCCACUUUCCAAUCCUUUCCCAAGUGAUUUUGACCGAAAAGAACGCAAAUCUGCCACUCCUUAUGUCCCCUGACCGCGAAGAUUGGCUCAGUGUCCCGUUCACAAGAAGAGGAUCCGUUGUUGUCAGCGUAAAACAGCUUUUCAGCUCAAUUCACAGGACAGCACCCUACUUCUUGUUUUCUCUAGAGGCAAAGCUUAUCGUAGAGAAGUUCACGGAGCUAAAUUUUCAAUUCAAUUUUGAUGAUUUAACUCCUCCAGCACACAAUCAGCAGAUAACCGACGAACAGAUAUUGCAAGAGCUUCUAACAAACAGUCCAACACUCACUGAUGAAAACAGAAGCCAUUUCAUCGUACAUCAGAUGAAGAAGCAGAUUAUCGAAAGCGAAAAGCAUGUUCAAGCUGUAUUAACUCCUUAUUGGGGCCGUACAGAAGUAUUCGAUGUUCUUGGUCUGCUCAAGAAUUUCGGAGGAAGAAUUUUGAAGAUGACACCAAAAGAAAUUCAAUGGAGAACUGGUGUAAUCUCUAAACCAGAUCAUUCUGUGAAGCUUUUGGCCACAAGGAUCAUGAAUUCUUUCAAAGUUUCGCUAGAUUUGGUUCUUCCAUUGAAAAUCCCUUCAGGAGCAACAGGAGUUCCAUCAGAACCAAAUCCUCCACCGUUCCCAGAGAACUACGUUAUCGACCAGCGAGAAAUGCUAAGCGUAACACGCCGUUCUGGAAUUAUGACUUCGAUUGACUUAGCUCUUGAAAAAGUGACAGAUGAUUCAAUUUUAUUUGAAGGCGAUAACAAAGGGUGGUUUACCAAUCAUCAUUUCGUCACAUUAUUGAGUCAUAUGAAAGAAUAUGGCUUUGAUUCUGUUUCAAAUCUCUUAUUGAGUAAUCGCGAAUUUACAGAGCAUCUUUCAGAAGCAGAUAUCACAGCCAUAUCAACUGGUAAUGAUAUCUCAGAGAAUUCCAUCUUACCUUUGUUCAUUACUGACGAAGUUGCAUUUUUCGAUACAAUUAAGUCGAUUAUCGGAAAGAAUCCACUUGAAGUAGCAAAGGAAUUGAUCACAGAGUACAGACAGGAGCAAGAUUUGGCUUCUCGCUCCAGACCAUUAAAUCCAGAAGAAAGACACUCAAUUUCCAAAGAAAAGUCACAGAAAUCUAAGGUCUCCUCCCAUUUGAAGAUCGUUAUGCCAAGAAUCAGCUCUCUAACUUUCCAUGACGGAAGAGGAAAGGAUAUGGAGAGAGAAGUUGACAAAGCAGAAGCAAGAUACCGACGUAAUAUACCUAUGGAUGAACGUCGUGCAAUUUUUGCUGCACUUCAAGGAAAACUUGGUGCAUAA